AAGUUGUGAGCACUGCUUUGUGGUAUUUCCUUUUUUGAAGAUUUUUUUCCAGGCUGUUUUUGAACUGGCUCCAUGUUCACACACACACACACACACAAAAUCCAUGGUCAAACACACACACACAUUCACAUUCACAGCGAGGUUACACCCAGUUGGUUCCUUCUCGAGGGCAAAUUCUUGGGAUUCGCAGCUUCCAAACAGCCGAUUUCCUUUCCGUGCAGCUGGGAGGGCAGGUUCCCUGGCUGCUGCUCCUGUGCUCGCUGGCUGCCACUACUGGACGUUCCCCAGGAGGAGUCAGUCGCUUCACUUCUAAGGAAGGGGGGGGGGCAGGGAGGGGAGAAAGGGGAUCCGGGAUCAGCCUCUCCUGCCCCAGCAGCAGCCAGGAUGCUCCGAGGCAGCGGCAGCAGCUGGCCUGUGGAAUCCCAGCCAGGCGAGUCACCCCGUUAGGAGGCCCCGCCAGCACCCCGCGCCCGGGGGCAGCAGCGGCAGCAUGGGCAGCGGGAGCAGCAGGAGUAGGAGGAAGCGGAGCUGCAGCCCCGGCGCGGAUCGUCCCGGCAGGUGGGGCAGAAGCAGCAGCGCCCCCAGCGGGCAGGGCGAGGAGGCCAAGGGGAGCCAGGCGCCCGCCCCCACGGAGCUGCCCAGCAGCAGCCGGCGGCGGCCGCAGCCGGGCGGGCCGGCGGAGGACUCGGACUGGGAGCUACUGGAGGAGGUGCUGGCUGAGUGCGAGGAGCCGGGCGCGCUGUUCCCCACGGCCCGGGGUCCGGCUGCCCCCAUCUCGGGCCCGCCCCGCCGAGGGCCCGCCGGGGACUCCUGGGCCGGCCACGACCGGCACCCAGGGGCGAUGGCAGCAGGGAGCGGCCGGGGCAGCGGUGCCGCCGGAGGGGACCAGCCGGCCUCCUUAACAAGAAGCACACAGGACCCAGAGAACAACAACUCCUCCGCCAGUGAGUUUCCAGUCAGAAGUAACAAGAAGCCCGAGAUGCAGUCCCCCAUGUCGUACGAUUACUCUGAAGAAGAGCUCAUGGCCAGUAUUGAACGAGAGUACUGCCGCUGAGAGCCAGUGCUGUAUGAUCAGAGCUGACAGUGGCACAUAUGAGCAAGGGUUCUGCCAACAAAAUAACCCCCCACACAGUGAGAUUGUUCUGAGGAAAUGGAAAAGACGAGAAUGAAAUGAGAGAGAAUGUUACCACACAGGAGGCUGUUAGUAUUGUAGGACUUCGAAAAAUUCCUCUUUGGCAAGUGCUGAGCAAGAGCACUGAUUAACGAAGGAACCCUCACUGACCAGUGAAUAAAAGCAAUGCGGUGGGGAAAAAAUAAGAUCUCAUUACAUUCCUCUUGUAAAUGAAUAUUUAAAAGCCAGUUUCCAAGUAAUACUUAUGUAUGAAGUCUUAAAUGUAUUGUAAGGUUGAGAUGUGCCAUUCUGACAGAGUGAUUUCAGUCAGAAAAGUGCAGCAAAUCAUUUGAAUAAAUACUUACUUGAUAGGAUAUAUCCAAAAUGUACCUUUCCUGACACUUAGCUAUGGGUCAAAUUCAGGCCUACAGUUAGCAGACUGCAAUUCUAUACACCAGGUCUGAAUUUGCCCCACCCCCACCCCCAUUUUUUUUUAAUUAUUCCACAAUACAGAAAAAGGGAGGGAAGGGACUCAAUCAUUCCAAACUUAGGCUGCAGGAUCUAACAGUUCAAAUCCCAGUUCUCUGUCAAACAACAGGUGUGGGAUUUGUUCUGAUUGUGCAUAUGGCUCCGUUCCUUCUCGCUCCCCUUUUCCAAAGAGGCAGGGGAUUGAAAUUGUCAAGAGUCCGGUUUCCUUAAAGGGCAAGAUUCUGGUCUAGUUUCUUACCUGCUGGCUUACAGAAAUGGAAGCUACAGGGAAAUCACAAGGACAGAGUGACAUGCACAUACUAGGGUUACCAUACGUCCGGAUUUUCCCGGACAUGUCCGGCUUUUUGGGCUCCAAAUCCCCGUCCGGGGGAAAUCCCAAAAAGCCGGACAUGUCCGGGAAAAUCGGGACCAGCGGGGCUGGGCCGGGGGCCGGCAGUGCUGGGUGCCGGGCGUGCUGAGCGCGCCGGGGGCCGCCGAGCGGGCCGGGGGUGCUGGGCCGGGCGGGCCGGGGGUGCUCAGGCCCGGGGCCGGCACCCCAGGGCCCAAGCCGACCCAAGCUGGAGAGGCCGGGGGGGGCCAGACUGGGCCGCGCCUCCUCCCCCCACACCCCGCUUACCUGCUUCAGGCUUCCCGCGAAUCAAAUGUUCGCGGGAAGCAGGGGAGGGGGCGGAGUUGGGGCAGGAACUUUGGGGAAGGGGCAGAGUUGGGGCGGGGGCUGGGCCUGAGCCCGUGGAGUGUCCUCCUUUUGGAGGCUCAGUAUGGUAACCCUAGCACAUACUGGUCCAUUGCCACAUGUAUGCGCCUGUUGGGUCACCCACUUUGAGAUGGGCUUUAACAUGAUUGAAGAGCAGUAGUUCACAAAUCAGCACUCCCGCAUUGGAGUUAAAUAUAAAAUACCACUUUUGGCUUACACAGGAAUUUUCAUUAGUGCCUAAUUUAAAAUUCACCACAUUCAUCACUAAGGAUGGAAAAGUAAAACAAAAAAAUCCUAUAAACCCGAAGACUCAGAGGUUUUCAGCAUGAUUGACGGUGAAGCCUUGUACUUUUAAAUUAAGGUUUGUCUUUUUGGGGGGAGGGGGGGGAGGCUGAUAUACUUGGAGUAGCUGCUUAUUAUCAGAAUUAGAAAAAAAAAAUUUCUGUCCUCUGAUGGAACAUAACAUGUCAGAUGAAAUCUCAAGGGCAAACGGAUGAGGCACAUGCUAAUGGGAACAGUGGGAUACACCUUAAGAUUUCAAGAUUUGACUUUUCCUUUGUACUUUGGUGUAUAUUUCACAAAUAUCUAUGUUCCAUGUAAUUCUCAAUAAAAGGCAAAAGUAUCA